CUAUAAAAUUGGGCGCUCCCGCCGGCCCCAGAGCGCACACACACUCUCUGCUUCAGCUUACCAGCAGAACAACACAUACAGAUAGGGAGAGUGAGAUAGAAAGACGGAGAGAGAUAUCAGAUCGAGAGCAAUGGGAAUUCCUGCUAAUGCUACUGCUUCGUUCAGCUUCCCGGUGAUCAACAUGGAGAAGCUUGAGACCCAGGAGAGGGGCGCCGCCAUGGGGGUCAUCGGCGACGCCUGCGAGAACUGGGGCUUCUUCGAGCUGCUGAACCAUGGCAUCUCGCACGAGCUGCUGGACGAGGUGGAGCGGGCGAGCAAGGCCCACUACGCGGCGUGCCGGGAGGAGCAGUUCAAGGAGUUCGCGGCGAAGACGCUGGAGGCCGGCGAGAAGGGCGCCGACGUGAAGGACGUGGACUGGGAGAGCACCUUCUUCGUCCGCCACCUCCCUGCCUCCAACCUCGCCGACCUGCCCGACCUCGACCACCACUACAGGCAAGUGAUGAAGGAAUUCGCGGCGGAGAUCGAGAAGCUGGCGGAGAAGGUGCUGGACCUGCUGUGCGAGAACCUGGGUCUGGAGCUGGGCUACCUGAAGCAGGCCUUCGCCGGUUCCUGGGGCCCGACGUUCGGCACCAAGGUCAGCAGCUACCCGCCGUGCCCGCGGCCGGACAUGGUGGACGGCCUACGCGCGCACACCGACGCCGGCGGCGUCAUCAUGCUUUUCCAGGACGAUCAGGUCAGCGGGCUCCAGCUGCUCAAGGACGGAGCAUGGGUCGACGUGCCGCCCAUGCGCCACGCCAUAGUCGUCAACAUCGGCGACCAGCUGGAGGUGAUCACCAAUGGGCGGUACAAGAGCGUGAUGCACCGCGUGCUCACCCGACCCGACGGCAACCGCAUGUCCAUCGCCUCAUUCUACAACCCCGGCGCCGACGCCGUCAUCUUCCCGGCCACGGCGCUCGUCGAGGAGCCGUCGGAGGAGGCGGAGCGUGCCGGGAGCGCCGUGUACCCGAGGUUCGUGUUCGAGGACUACAUGAACCUGUACAUGCGCCACAAGUUCGAGGCCAAGGAGCCGCGCUUCGAGGCCAUGAAGGCGGACGCCGCGCCCAUCGCCACCGCGUGACAAGUACAUAUGCCCGUACGUGCCAGGAUAAUUUGCUGUGGUGUACCGUAGAUAAUUUGCGCAUGCUUUUGUGUGUGUAUUGUUCUCGCUGUUGGAAUCGCCGUGCAUGCCGUGAUGCUUGUGUGUGUUACCGUACGUGUGAGUGAAGUUUCUUUCUUUCUUUUGAAUUGUAUACGUGUGACGUGUGAGGUUAAGUGAUGUAUGUAGUACGUAGUACUUGUGUACCACGGUAUCAAUGGCUUUUUUUUUGCGAAUAUAUGGUAUCAAUGGCUUAACUGCUUAA